AUUCAAUUCUCUCUUCCUCUCUCUAUCCUUAAAAACCCUAACUUUCCUCAUCUCAUCCCCAAAGUCUCAACCUUUCUUCUCUCAUGGAGAUCUGUACUUACUUCAAAUCACAACCCACUUGGCUCCUCAUUCUCUUCGUUCUCGGGUCAAUCUCAAUCUUCAAAUUCAUCUUCACUCUCCUCAGAUCUUUCUACAUCUACUUCCUCCGACCAGCCAAAAACCUCCGUCGUUACGGUUCAUGGGCAAUCAUAACCGGACCAACAGACGGAAUCGGUAAAGCUUUCGCCUUUCAAUUAGCCCAGAAAGGACUUAACCUUAUACUCGUUGCUCGUAAUCCAGACAAGCUUAAAGAUGUCUCUGAAUCCAUCAGAGCUAAGUAUAGUCAAACUCAGAUCUUGACUGUUGUGAUGGAUUUCUCUGGAGAUAUUGAUGAUGGUGUGAAACGGAUUAAGGAGACUAUUGAGGGUUUAGAUGUUGGGAUUUUGAUUAAUAAUGCUGGCUUGUCGUAUCCUUAUGCUAAGUAUUUUCAUGAGGUUGAUGAAGAGUUGCUUAAUAACUUGAUUAAGAUCAAUGUUGAAGGAACUACUAAAGUUACUCAAGCUGUGUUGCCUAAUAUGCUUCAGAGGAAGAGAGGUGCUAUUAUUAAUAUGGGUUCUGGUGCUGCUGCUCUUAUUCCUUCGUAUCCUUUUUACUCUGUUUAUGCUGGUGUUAAAAUGUACGUGGAUCAGUUCACCAAGUGUCUACAUGCUGAGUACAAGAAGAGUGGGAUUGAUGUUCAAUGCCAGGUUCCCAUGUAUGUUGCGACAAAGAUGACAAAAAUAAGAAGAGCAUCCUUCUUAGUCCCGUCACCAGAGGGUUACGCAAAGGCAGCGCUUCGUUUUGUAGGCUAUGAAGCACAAUGCACACCGUACUGGACUCACGCUCUCAUGGCUGCAGUUGUCUCUGCAUUGCCCGAAAGCGUUUUUGAAUCAAUUCACAUUAAGAUGAGCCUCCAGGUCCGGAAGAAGGGUCUCCAAAGAGACUCCAUGAAAAAAGAAUGAAUCUUUGACCUGUUUAAGUUACUGCAAAUAUUUCUUAUUCUGAAGUUGUUGGUUUCUUGAAAGCUUCUGUUCUGAAUCUUUGUACGCUUUAGUUUUCCAAGUUUCCUUAUUGUAAGAUUAAAAACCCUAACGUACA